AUGCAACAGGCACUAAUACCAUCGAACUCGCAGUGCACGAUCUGUCUGCAGCCUUCAGUCGCACAUCAAGAUGCCAAUAUCUUCGGUUCAGAUCCGCACAUGUUCAGUCCUGACCGGUGGAUGCAAGACCCUGGUGUGGUCGGGCCAAUGAAGAGUCAUCUUCUCGCUUUCGGUGCCGGCACCCAUAGUCAUCAACACGAAGAUCUACAUUACGCCCUCAUCGUGAAGCUCCUCGUCCAGAUACUACCAAAUAUCGAUCUCGACAUGGCUGCCACUAUGCUUCCCUGCAACGCAAUGCCUACCAUCGGCGACAUCCGUCAACACCUCGUCAUCAAAGUCAACCUUCCAAAGACCUCCAUCAUCAGGCCUCCUACCACUCCUCUCCGUGCGACUGCUCCAGCGUUCGCACCGGACACCACUACAGGCCCAGAAUUGCCACCUAGCUUGACAUUCAGCAAUGCUGCGAAAUACAUUUCCAGCCUCACUCUUGGUAGAAUCUUCACGCCCUUCCAAGUCGCUGAGCUCGCUGCAUCUAUCGAACCAGGCAAUCAAUCACCUACCCUGAGUGCCGCAUCUACAGCAGAAUCAGAAUCAGGUGUCUCGGCCGAAGACAGAGCCGAGUUGGCACGUCUGCUUGGCGACAACGCGACUAGGCGACUGCUCGAGAAAUUCGAUUCGGGCCAACCACUCACAGCUCGACCAGCCGUUCGAACUUGGAUCAUGCGGCAUAAGCCUAGUCGUUCGCAAGCCCAUGAGCUCAUCGAGCGUGUGUGGGUUGGCCGACUUGACCACAAGACCGACCCAAAGACCAACCGCAUGUGGAUCAAGCUGAAGCGAGAUACUGCGCCCAUCGAUAGCCCGCUUCAAGCCUCUCGCAACACGAAAGUCAUCAGCAAGGCUGUGUCAUCUACAUCCCGCUCACAAACUGUCACCCACUCAGUCUGGGGCGCUUUCGCCAGUGACGAGAGCGCCAAGCGCGCAGUCGCUAAGGCCGAAGGCGAUGCCAUUGCCGCCGAUCCUGAGCGUGCCGCAGCCCAGCGCAAGGAGUCCGCAGAUGUCCUCGCCGAGAAGAAGGAGGCCAACAAAGAAGCUCCGAGCACCAAGUUCACUACCGUCUUCAAGCAGACGUCUUUCAAGGAGACUACUGAUGGCAAGCUUGGUGGCCCUCGCAAGCUCAUCGACAAAGUCGUCGAGAGUGACGGCAACGAUGAGACUUCAUCCGCUACGGACAGCACCGAGGCUUCCAUCACCGACGACGCUGGCGGCAUCGCCCUCCCAGCCAAGGCCAAGCCGGCCUUCAUCCCUCCUCAUUUGCGCAAGCGUGCUGUCGCUGCUGAGACCACGAUUACUGAGACCGCCGCCGCUCCAGCUUUCAAGCCCUAUCACUCCGUCACACCUCCUACCACUCAAGACCCCACACGAAACGCACCAGCCAAGGCGUCUAGUGCUCUCUUGUACGUCCCUCCGCAGGUUCGCGGUCGCUCGGUCACCAAGCAUGACAGCCCUGCUGCUUCUCCGGCACACUCGCCGUCCGAGACUGCGCACUCUCCACCUCCAAUGGUCUUUAAGCAGCGUGGCUCGCCCUCGCCAACUACCUCACCGUCCAAGCGUCCUGCUCGCUCAGUCACGCCGCCUUAUCUCCGUAAGCGCUCUGUCAGCCCACCCCAAGUCGCUCAGGUGAUCGAGUGGGUCGCUGCUAGGCUGCCAAUGCCCUUUGCCUAG